AUGGGGUUCAUCGCCUCGUCCUUUUCUAACGACUCCCGUGAGCGCGCACACGAUGCCAUUGUUAUCCUGCAAUGGGAGAAUUCGGUCACUGCCUUGUCGCCGCGCCUGAGGUUCUGGAUCAUCCGAUUCCCUGUCCCCAGCAAGGGCGCACCGAGGACGAGAGAGACAUCCUUCCCAGUCCCAACUGCCGUUGAGAAACAGAUUGAUGAAGUCAGCUCCAUUUCCUUCGGGGCCAACCGUCGAUUGGGGCGACUUCAGCUGCCCCCGCAGGUUUUGUAUCAGACGUCUUCGAGGUCGAUCCUUGUGCAUAAUCUCUUGGUCGGCGAGAGCCAGACGGAUAGCGAGCUCCUGAGUUGGGCACCUGGCCUACGCCUACGAAAAGUUCAAAUAACCGAUGGGUUUUUUGACGAACCACUGGCGUCCUUGUCGGAAACCAGAUUUUUGUCCCAGUCGACUGUCCAAGGGGGCGUGGGAUCCAGAUUGACAGCCGUGGCACAUGAGACUGGCGAUGGCUCGAUAUCAGUCAAAUACCGAUCCAGAGACUCUCACGGCUCCGAAUGGACCUCUGCCUGGGCGGGUCACAAGCUCGACUUGGAUGGACCCCAGGAACAAAUUGUACGAACAGCAUCGGUGCUCAAUUCUGCGGUAUCCUCGGCAGUUUCUGGUUCAUCCGUCCCUCUUCACCGCUUAACCGUUGGCUCUACAGCAUAUACGGUUCUUAUCAAUCUAGGGAGAAGUGAAGACGGCUCGAAGACGAAAGUCUCGCUUUACACGACUCUGGAGUCUGAUUUCAAGGCGGAGGCACAGUCAGUCAAGGAGACUCGCGAUGAUCUCGGCCUGAGAUGGGAGGUUCAAAAUUUCCACCUGCCCAGCGGCGUCACCAACGUCGCACCAGUCGUGAUAAGAUGCUAUGAAAAGCCAUUCCAGACUUAUCUCGUUUUGUUCUACACGCACCAAGGCGCCAUGUACUACAGCCACCUGAGGUACGCUGGCUCUGGAUAUUUUGACAAUCAAGUUAUCGGUGUUCCGUGCCUCCUGGCCCCCAAGCCGGAGGACCAGCAGGUUGCACAAGCGCCAAAGGCAUCCGCCCCCUCUAGAUGGUCCAUCUCGGUCAUUUCUCGCCCAACCCCAAAACUUGCUGAGGCAGGCGAGGCCCCAUCUGAACAGGUUAAACAGGAACCCAUCUCGACGGCAUUGCAGGGAUUCCAGCCCACCGUGGUACAAGCCGACGGGUAUUUGCGACUGUUCUAUGAGGGGCCUGAUGGCAAUCCCAGAUAUGCGACUUAUGACUCCCUCCCGAAGGAAAUCCAAGAUCUCGGAGUCGGCUGGGAAGAAGUUUCAUGGUCUGCUGAGCCUCUUUUGAGCUCGGAAUCUGAUGAAGGGCGUGAUGAGAAGGCCUCUCCUAUUUCGAGGCACUUUCUCCCCGUUGUUGUUCCUCGGGACUUCAUGAACAUAGCAUAA